CGCAUCAGCUGCCGCGAGCGGGACGAUAGAUCCAGAUCGAGUGCGGUUGAUUAGUCACUUCCCAGACUAGAAUGUCACUCUAAAUGUGAGAGGUACCACGUCUGGAACCGGUUUGGCUCUGGAAAAUUGUUGGAAAUAGUCGCUCGGCCCCGGGAAGCGAGAGCUCGUUCGAUGACGGGUGGCGAACUCGCGAUUCCAGGAAAGCCCAGUCCCGAAGACGGUGCGACAAGACCCUCCGGACCGUGAGCCCUUCGCCCAACUCUAGUACGUUGGAUGGUACCGAGAGCUCCUGAUCAUACUCGACAAGACAGGCUCAUGGAGGACUUGGACGAGCUCCUCGCGGUUCCUGUUCAUGGUCUCGGACCUCGAAGUCUCGGAUUCCUCUCCGGAUGUCUGGAAGUUGAGCAGAUUAUCCCAGGGCGAGAGAACUUCUACCGUGACUGGCGGCUGCUCACGCAGCUGGUGUCUUUGCCUGAAGGCACGCUGGCGAGACUUCAACGAUCGAACGAUCCUGUCAGAGAAACUCUGCAAUUAUGGCCUGUGGAAGCUACCAUAGGACAACUGGUCUCGGCAAUGGAGGGUAUCGAACGCUUUGACGUAUUGGACGAUUGUAUGGAGUCGAUCCUGGAAGACUGCAGAGAUUUCAUCCGGCGAAAAGAGUACUGGCAGAGAGAGCCAUCGGUCGUCCAGCAGACAAUUUUCCAAGCGUUUGUGAUACACGUUCUUGACGACGUCGUUUUCGUACGAGAAAUGGUCACCCGAGUUGAAGAUGAGGGGGUGAGACUCUUCGUGCCGGCGCGAGACUUUCCUGCCGCGGAACACAACUACAUGUAUUCUUUGAUAGAGAUAAUGCAGACACGCUGCUUGAAUGUGAUCGUGGUGGUUUCCCGAGCUUUGUCCGAGGACCAAGAAGCCACCAGGCUCCUGGAGAACGCUGAGAGAAUCCACGCUCAAGACACAUCACGGAAAAUCGUACCGAUAGUUCUGGAAGAAGCCCCCCAUGUGGGCUUCAUGAUAUCUAAUCUUUGUAAAAUCAAUUUCAAUUUUCCUGAAGCACACGCGUGGGCAUGGCCACGACUUAUGGACUCUUUAGGAGUGGGAAGGAAUCAAGACAGAAGAUUGCACUAAGGCUGUGAUACUGUUCAAAUCUCACUGGGAGAUUUACUCGCGGCGUCUUUCCUGUUUUUCCGUCACAAAAUAUUUCGUACGUCGAACAGGAUGCUACGACUUCUCACAUUCAUCUCUUCGCCCCCGGGGCGAAUAAAGGCUGUGCGAGGAAUCACCUUAGCUCGGGAUGACGAGUCGAAUCGACACUAAAUUACAUAAUAUCUCGAUUCUACUCCUCGACGAGCACAGGUUUUCCCUUACAGCCCCACUCAAUCGAAUCCGGCUCUC